UUGUAAGGUGUUGAGUUUCAAUUCUGAAAUGCUUUUCCUUUGUGGUCGUAAGAGAGCGAAAGCAAGCAAAGGCAUGAAGGCCACGCUGAGAUACUUAGCAGGAAUGGCAGGGCCUAGUGGUUAUGGCUCAAAUUCAACAGCCGAGCAAGUCACUGAAGAUUGUUCUUGCUUUCUCUCUUCUCAGCUAACUGCUCUCAUCACAGGUGGGACUUCUGGGAUCGGAGCUGAAACGGCAAGAGUUUUGGCUAAGAGAGGAGUGAGAUUAGUGAUCGGUGCGAGGGACUUGAAGAAGGCGAGAGAAGUGAGACAGAAUAUCCAGAAAGAAACUCCAAACGCUGAGAUUAUAGUGUUGGAAGUCGAUCUCAGUUCUUUCGCUUCUGUACAGAGAUUUUGUUCUGAGUUUUUGGCUCUACAACUUCCCCUCAAUAUCCUCAUAAACAAUGCUGGAAUAUUCUCUCAGAACUUGGAGUUCUCCGAAGAGAAAAUUGAGAUGACAUUUGCCACCAAUUACUUGGGACAUUUUUUGUUGACAGAAAUGCUGCUAGAGAAAAUGAUAGAAACAGCAGAGAAGAGUGGGAUUGAAGGAAGGAUCAUAAAUGUGUCCUCUGUCAUCCAUAACUGGGUGAAGAGAGAAGCCUUUCGUUUCCACGACAUGCUCAAUGGAACAAAAUAUAAUGGCACACGCGCAUAUUCUCAAUCAAAGUUGGCCAAUAUUUUGCAUGCCAAGGAAUUGGCCAGACAGCUUAAGGCAAGGAAUGCAAAAGUAACAGUGAAUGCAGUUCAUCCGGGGAUUGUGAAGACAGGAAUUAUCAGAGCUCAUAAAGGCCUAAUAACAGAUUCCCUGUUCUUCAUUGCAUCCAAGUUGCUCAAAACAACAUCCCAGGGCGCAGCAACAACGUGUUACGUUGCAGUGAGUGCACAAACACAAGGAUUGAGUGGGAAAUACUUCGCAGAUUGUAAUGAGAGUACCUGCUCAAGUCUGGCAAACGACGAAUUUGAAGCCCAGAAACUAUGGAACAACACUCGAGCUUUGCUUCAUAAAAGACUGCGUCAGGCUUCUUCUUGAAUGCCUUUAAUUUCUUCAAACACCCACCCUUGUGUAUAUACAUAAAAAUAUAAACACUGUCUACUUACCGCUAUAGGACUAUUACAUUACUAGUCAAACCUCCAGGCAUGUUAUAAUGAAGGCAAUUCCAGGUGUAGCUUCACAGUAUUGAAUUACUUUCUCAAAUAAAACUGCAUACAGAGUUAAAUGUACUCUCACUCCCAUUUCUCCUUGCAA